AUGGCAGUUAUGAUGAGUGUAGCUAUGGAAUAUGCAUAUGCUGGAAAGCUGAAGAGAUCCAAUGCAAAGUUGAAGAAAAAGGGCCAGACCUUGGGUAUAGCGGCAACCAUGAGUCCCGCCAUCGACGGACCGCCAGCGAAGACAACGAGCAAGUUCUCACUUCCCUCUCGAACCAUACCAGAUGACGAAGUCCGCCCUCCAGGAUUUCCAGGACCAUCCUCAUCAAAGACUAAUUCACCAGGGCCCUCACGUUCCCGCUUGUCCAAACCAUUCCGAACGAAAUCAGGAAGCUCCUCCACAACACUCUUUGCAAGCGAACCGCCCGAUGUCCCCAACGCAGACUAUUCGAGCGUCAUGGAAAUGAGACAUAAGAAGAAAUCCAUAUUCUCCAAACUCACGCGCAAGUUUGGGAAAGGUGUCUCAAAAGCCAACCAGUCUCCUCCUCGCGACCACUUUAUCAUGAGGGGUGAUGAGUUGAUGGUUGACGGCCGUUACGACCGCUACGGCCUUCCUGUGCAUCCCGCAAAUAUUCGCCGCGUUCGAGACAACCAUACACUUGAACCACAGCCAUCGUCACCGGUGUACAGCAAUCCAUAUGGCGAAGCCGCUCUUGCCCAGGACAUGUGGGGAAGGAGAAGAAUGGACAGUGCUUCCAGCGACCUGUUACUCCUCGAAGAUGACCAAAGCAUACAAUCAGAAGGCUCCCACCCUGACCCGGGGCCUAUGCCCUCAAUUCGGGGUCUAGACUGGGACGCGAUGACCGAAACGCAAUUACGUGCUGUGAUUGAUAUUUGGGAUCUGAUUCAGCCGGACCUUGCAAGUCCUACCGACAGCGGGAUCGAGUUGGGCCACGAACCACCAACAGUCUAUGAAGGCAAGGGAAAAGCUCGGGCGAUGGACACCAACGAUGGAGUCGACUUCAGCCACAUAGAUGCGCAGACAGUUGCUUUGGCCAUUGAUGUCGAACGGGAAGAGCAAGCACGCGAGGAGAGAUUGCAAAAAUUGAAGACGCGAGAUCAGGCUAUCGCUCUUCAAAGGCAAGAAUACCUGGAGCAAAUGUUCCAAUUAGAGCGAGACCAGAUUGAGACUCAGAGACUCCAAGACGAAGAGGAACGUCUAGCUGCCGAGCUUGCAUCCCAAAGGACAUGUAUCUGCUGCGGCGAUUCGAAACACCCUCUCGACUUUCCAGCAAAACCACCCACAGCGCAAUGCGAACAUCCCUCGCGGACUUGCUUCGAGUGUAUGCAUUCCUGGCUUGCAUCCGAACUCGACAGCAACGGUAGCGAGAACAUCAAAUGUGCCGAAUGUCCCCAAGUCCUCGCGUUUGGCGACGUGCGGAGACUCGCCACCGAAAGCACCUUCACGGCCUACGAAACACUCAUAACCCGAAACGCCCUAUCCUCCCUCCCCGAAUUCGCCUGGUGUCUCUCCCCAACCUGCACAUCUGGUCAACUCAACAAUUCCGCCGACGGAAGCGAGAACGACAGAGAAAAUUACAUGCAUUGCGUCGCCUGCGGCUACAAACAAUGUCUCCAUCACCGCGUUCCAUGGCACACGGGCGAAACAUGCACGCAAUACACCUACCGCACAUCCGGCCAGAAAUCCCGCGACGAAGAAGCCGCCACGCGUGCCAUCAUCGACUCCAUCAGCAAGAAAUGUCCCGGGCCGAAUUGUGGGUGGCGCAUCCAGAAGAUCGACGGGUGCGAUCACAUGACGUGCAAGAAGUGUAGAUUCGAAUUCUGCUGGGAGUGUCUGGCGAGUCAUCGGGAGAUUAGGAAUGUCGGGAAUACGGCGCAUGAGGCAUGGUGUAAGUUCCAUUCGGAUAAUUUGAAGCUUGCUUGGCCUUUUAACGUUCAUGGGUGA